AUCUGUGAGAUAUUCACCUUGGCCUUUGCAUUGUUUACGCAGAAAAAUUUGUGAAAAUUUAUAAAAAUUGUUAAAACCCAAAAAUAAAAUGGCAUCAGCGUCUAGUUCCAGUGCCCGUCACUUGUUUGAUGAUUCCAAGAAGCGUCUGUGCGCUCGCGUUGGCGUUAAUGUGAACAACUUAGGUUCUGUGGCCAGGCAAGUGGUUCGAGGCUCCAAGACAAAUGAGAUUAUGCAUCAGACGCUAAAGAACUUCACACAAGUGGACGUGGUUUCCGAUUACAGCAAUCAGAACCUGCAGAAGAUGACGCUCAUCCUGCAGCAUGUGGGUUAUCAGUACGAUGUUAUGGAAGACAGCGUCAAUCAUUUGGAUUACCUCAAGGAGCAGGUAACGGCUAUGGAAAGAUGA